CCUCUUGGGGGCUGGAGGAGCGGCCCCGGCUGCUGACGCUCGCCCGAGGGGAGGACAGAGGCAGCCGCGACCGCUCCCCGGCGGGCCUCGCUCGGCAAGCUGGAGAAGGGAAGCCCCCCGCCCCGCCGGAGAGAGGCGCCCUCCUCCGACCCCCACCCGGGCGGGGGGCUAGCAGGGUUGCAGCAGAGCUCCAAGGAGGGGGGUGGCUGGCUGGCUUUCCGGGUCUCCCUCCGUCCGGCUGCUGGCGGGGCGGAGGUGGGUCUCUUCGGACCCUGCGAGACGUCGGGCAGCCGGUGAUUGGGAGCAGCCAGAGGGGCGGGUGCUGGUGGCCCUGGCGCCGCCGGGAGGAGCGCCUCUCCUGCUUGAAGGAAGGGGAAGGGUGCCGACUCCUGGCGCCCCCAGAGCCCCGCGGUGUGUGUUCUUUGGUAGACUCCAGGAGGAGCGGUUGACCAUGGCCGCCUCCCGCUUAGUCCAAGAUGGCCCCAGGGAUCGGCAGACCUGCCUAGUUUGUGGAGACUGCGCAACCGGGAGGCACUACGGCAUCCUCUCUUGUGAAGCCUGUAAAUGUUUUUUCAGAAGGAGCAUCGGUGACAGGCGGGUGUACCACUGCCGCCGGGACAGGAACGGCGUCAUCACCAGGCAGACGCGCAAACGGUGCUGCUACUGCCGGCUGCAGAAGUGCCUCCGGAGUGGCAGGAACCCAACAGCCAUCCGGGAAGGCAUGUGACAGAGCACGAAGGGAUCAUCUAAGGGGUGCCAUAAUAUUAUUAUUAUUAUGGCAUGUAUACCGUUGUUAAAUUGUAAACACUCAUUUGCCUUUCUGACCACGGCUGGGCUUCAUCGGACCAAGGUCUCCUCUACUGAUGGCUGCUUCUUGGAAGGGCUGUGCCGUGCGGUGGUUUGCUCCAGUCUCUGCUCCUGACUCCUGCCCUGCUGCCACUGCAGGUUGUGUCCUUCCUGCCAAGACGCCACGGCCUGCUGCUCAAAGCCCUGGGGAUGCAGCUGCUGGCCAUGUGGCCCUCCCCCCCACCCAGGAGGCUACUCUCCGUCUUCCUGCCGAUCCGAGCGAGGGGCAGCCAAAGGCCUUGCACCACCCGGCUCGAGGCCUCGCCCAUCCUCACGGGAAGGCCAGCAGGCAGCCUGGGCCCGGCUCUUCGGGACCCUGCGUGGCUCUCUCCGCAGCGGUGCUGGUCAGGGCAGGCCGGGCGGACGUGCUCAGGGCGGAGAUCGCGAAGGAUGUGCAGCGAGUAGUGCGGGAAGCAGCGGGUGAGUUCCACACCUCCGGGUCUAAGUGGUCUUUCCCCGUGACUCUGGGGGUGCCGUCAGGCUGAGCGCGCGCACUCAUUUCCAAACUGGGGGAAGAACAGUGGCCAUGUUUGGGGUUUCCCUCUCCCCGGUUGAUAUUGUGCCAAGUUUACCAAGCAAGGUGUGUAGGGGGUCUAGUCGGUCCAGAUCUCUCCCACCUGUCACUUCAAACCUGUGGAAGUGGCCCCGCCUAGACUCGUUUGUGCCAUAUUUCAGGUGCCUAGAUCAGGGGCGUAGCAAGGUUUGUUUGUUUGUUUGUUCAAGGUUGAAGUGGGCUGAGACAAGAUUUUAAAAUGCCCCCCCCCCCCCGUUACUGAAGCUCAGCUCAUGAAGUAAAGAAAUCUUAAAUGAGGCUGAAUAGUGGUGACGAAAAGCAUAGUAAAAUUUUUAUUUAUACACACACACCCAUGUGCCACAAUAGAACAUCAUCCUGUGUUAUUUUUUAAAAGUUUUUGUAAAUGGGCCCAAAUUGAUAGAUGGCUCCUGGCUAGAUAUCUGAUAAAGCUAUCUUUUGUUGAACAUCGUAGAGCAAUGACUGCGGCCAGACUCAAUGCCCUUCCUUCAGCCGUCCUGGAAGGGCGAUUCCAGAAAACCCCCCGUCUCCAGAAAUUGUGCCCAUGUCAAGUGGGAGAGGUAGAAUCUACUGAACACGUUUUGCUGAACUGUCGUUUUUAUAAGGAUUUAAGAGAAGAACUAAUUUCUCCCCUUUUAAGAGGUCAUCGAUUGACCUCAGGUCAGGAGAGAGGGGAGUUUUUACUCGCAGACUUGGACAAUUUCAUCUCUGCAAGAGUUGCCAAGUUUCUUUGCAUUGCAAGUAAACUUUGCAGAAGAAAUGUCGAGAGGGUAGAUGUGGGCAUAAUACAUUAGGAGGGUGAACAGAUUUUAUUUAUUUGAAACUUUCCUAUGUAUGAUACUGUAGCUUUGAUUGUAUUGUGUUCUUAUUGUAAUUUCUAUUGAUGCUACUGAUGUGACAGUUUUGCUGUAAUGAGAGGCCGUUGGCUAUAACAAUAAAGUUGAAAAGUUGUAAA